UACUAGGCACAGUGCAAAGCACAGAUAGAUAGGUGCGAAAGUUUUCUCUACUUCUUUCACAGAAAAACUUAAAUAAUAUAACAUUAAUUUAGUAAAUUCAUUCAUAUUUCUGAUAUGAAAAAGUAGUAAUCAUAAAUCCUAAAUUUAAUUAAAAAAUGAAUGUUUUCAUCUAUUAAAUACAAAGUAAAAAAAACCUAAAAGUUUAUUGAAUUCAAUUUGCCGGUGACCGACCGAAGCAGUUGUGGCGUUUUUGUGAAUAGGAAAAAAUUCCAAAUGAAAAUGGCUGACGGCGUGGUUAUCGAUUUGUAUGCCGAUGAUUUGGAUGAAAAAGAUUUUAGCACCCAGGCUCAAGAUGAUUUUAACGCGGAAGGUGUAGAUUUGUACGAUGAUAUCAGCGUACCAAAUGAUAAUGUAGCAGUCGUGGACGGCUCCUCAGUCGCCUCAUCCCAAGCUGAUGAUAAUUCGGGGGCUACAUCCAAUGGAGUUUACCAUCAAAGUGGUAGCCUGACUCCUAAUCACAUGGGGCGACGUUAUCAACUUUAUAUAGGAAAUUUGACAUGGUGGACAACUGACCAAGAUAUUUCAAAUACAAUGCGUGACAUUGGCGUGGCGGAUUUCCAAGAGGUGAAGUUCUUUGAAAACCGUUCGAAUGGCCAAUCGAAGGGAUUCUGUGUGAUUUCACUGGGCUCAGAAAAUAGCAUGCGCAUAGUUAUGGAGCGUCUGUCCAAAAAAGAACUCCACGGACAAGUUCCAGUGGUAACAUAUCCAACGAAACAGGCGCUUAAUCAGUUCGAGAGCCAACAAAAGACUCGGCCGGUACCUCCACAGCAGAAUGGCCCGCGAGGUCCGAUUCCAAAUAUGGGAGGAAUGCCUCAACAUCCGGUGCAGGGCGCACCACCUGGCCAUCAACCCCGUAUGAUGAAUCCAAAUAUGCCACCUGGUCAGUUUCGUCCUCAGCAUAUGCCUCAAAAUAUGCAAGGUCCUCCAGGACCUAAUCAAGGUCCACCCCGAAUGCAGCCACCGCCAAUGCACCAAGGAGGACCAAUGGGACCACAGAAUCAAAUGCAAGGACCGCCUCGUUAUCCUAAUCAGGGCCAGUGGAAUGGUCCACGUCCAAAUGGACCAAGGCCCGGUCCUAUGAAUGGUCCGCCUCAUCAACAAAGGCCACAAAUGUUCCAGGGACCGCCAGGUGGCAUGCCCCCACGAGGACCGCGACCGGACUGGAGUAGACCUCCCAUGCAUGGUGGUUUUCCACCACAAGGUCCACCUGGCCCGCCACAAGGGCCUCCUCAUAUGCAAGGACCACCUCGUGGACCACCACCACCGCAGAUGGGUGGACCCGGAGGCCCACCACAUGGUGGACCAGCUCCUCAUGUUAAUCCAGCGUUCUUCAAUCAAGGUGGUGGACCACCUCAACAUGCUGGGGGACCACCAAUGGGUGGACCCCAUGGUCCACCGGGCCCGCAACCCGGAAUGGCUAUGCCUCAUCAAGGUCCUCCGCACUUUGCUCAACAAGGUGCACCACGGGGUCCAUGGCCCGGUGCACAAGCCAAACCAGCUGGACCAUUCCCUGAACAAGCUAUUGUUCCUCAAUUGAAUGAAGUUGAGUUCGAAGAGAUAAUGGGAAGGAAUAGAACUGUUAGUAGUUCAGCAAUUGCAAGAGCGGUAUCAGAUGCUGCAGCAGGUGAAUAUUCCAGUGCAAUUGAAACUCUUGUAACUGCUAUAUCACUAAUAAAGCAAUCGAAAGUUGCUAAUGACGAACGCUGUAAGAUAUUGAUAAGUUCCCUGCAGGACACCCUCCAUGGGAUCGAAACUAAGAGCUACAAUCGCAGAGAAAGAUCACGCUCCAGAGAACGAACUCAUAGAUCAAGACCAAGGCGUGAGCGAUCGUCAUCACGUUAUCGCGAACGGUCUAGAGAGCGGGAAAGGGAAAGAGAUCGAGAAGCUGCGAGCUACCGCGAACGCUCGAGAAGUAGAGAACGUGAACGUGCAACUGCAGAUCAUUACAGAGACGACAGUUCUAGCAGAUCAGCCAGACCCCGCAAAUCACCGGAAGCCGUUGCAGAGGUAGUAAGUGAUCCACCUUCUAAGCGCAGCUAUUAUGAGGAAAGGUAUAGGUCUUCGGAUCGUGACAGAGAUCGUGACCGCGAUCGUGAACGUGAACGUGAUCGCGACCGUGACCGUGAACGCGAACGCGAUCGCCGCGAAGAGCAUCGAUCUCGUCACUAGAUCCAUACAAAUGAGAAUUGUACUCUAUUUAAAACCGAACAUCAACAAUUGAGCAUAAAACAUUAAUUAUAUGAUUUUACUAUUUACCAUGGAAUCCCUAUUAAGAUUAUUUAAAAGUGAACAAAAUACCAAUGCUCCAAUACAAGAGCAAUGGCAAGAAGUUUAAGACAAUUAUUCAAUAUCAACAAAAGUAGUUCUAAAAAUCAAUAUUUCAUCAAAGCGGCAAGGCAUUCUUCAGAACGAGUUACUUCAUCGCCAACAACAAAAAAUAUAUCUACAAACAAGAACUCAACUCACAGCAAAAAGCAAAAAGCCGAAGAACACUUCGAGACAACAUCUCACACAGCCGUCAAGGGGAUAUCAACAGCGCCUCCUCAUAAGAAGAAUGUAUUGAAUUUCAUAAAUAAAAUAUAUAUUAAAUGUUUAUUCCAAAAAAAAAAAAAGAAAAAGAAAAAACACUGUAUUGUCUUAUUUGUGAAAAUAAUUUUUUCUUUACAUUUAUUAUUUUAUAUUUAUUUUUUAUUUAAUGUGCAAAAUGAGCAAAUGAAUGCUCGAACCUUACCUUUUUGCUUAUGUACGGAUCGAACCAGCUAUUUUCUUAUAAAAUCUAUGUAAUCAUACAGUAUCGUUUCCCAUUUUUAGAUUAUCAUAGUUAAAAGAUUGAACCGAAUAUGAAAUGUGUAUUCAGUUCAUUGUUAUAAUAUUUUUUAGUAUUCACUCAUUCAUUUCUGACACGAUAUUAUAAUUGUGCCAUCGCCUUUUAUGUAUAUUCAUUUAUGAAUAGUUUGUAUAUUUUUUUUGUGUACACAAAAACUCAUUUCAUUUCACAAAGCUACUUUUCUUUUCGAUUAAGUACUUUUUGUAUCUUUGUUUUUUUUUUAUAUAUAUAUAUUUUAAAUAAGGAACAACAAUAACAAAAAUAAACCACGGUCACUGUGUCGACCAUUAAGGAACAAAAAUAAUGUAAUUUUAAAAAUUAUUUUAUUGAUAUUUAUUUUGUGAUUUAAAUUAAUUUCUUUAUUUUUAAUGUUUUUAUUAUUCCUUUAAACAUACUGCAUAACUUUUGAUAUUUCAAAUAAUGUUGAGCAUUUCUUUGUGUAAGUUGCACUUAAAUGUGUGAAUCAAUUGUUAAUUCACUUGAAACAAAAAGAAAAACAAAACUGGAAAGACUUCGCUCAUAUUCACUCGAUUGAAAUAUGUUUUAUACAAUAUAACUUGUAGUAAGAUCUAUAAACUUAGGACUUGUGUAAAUUUUCUGUGAUAAAUCUGUGAUAAAAUACAUACAAAAUGUAUAUAAUUUCUUAUUAAUUAUUGAUAUAAUCUAAGUAGACGAUAGUAUAAACAACAAGUAUAUAAAAUUAACAUAUUUUUGUUUAAAACAAAAUUGUAUAGCAUAAAAUUGUAGAAAAAUACUCUUCUUGUGUGUAUAAUUUAGGCAUUAGAUGGUUAGGAUUGCAUGCGUAAAUUUACUAACACGAUUUUUAGAAUUUUCCAUAGAAAUGCAGGUAGAUCCUUUAACAAGGUGAUUUUAAAAUCACUUCAAUCACAUAAUGAGUUGGUCUUGGAUACUGAAAGAUUUUUUGAAAUUUUUACCAUGGUAGAAAUUUAAAAAUUUACAUUUGAAUUUGGUAUCCUUUAGUUGUUUUUAUUUAGUGAGUAUGGUUUUAAAAUUGCCAAUUUAAAUUAAAGACUUCAAGAGAUAAUUUGAGAAUAAUGUUGAACAAGAACUCGAUUUUAGGUCAGGAUAUCACAACUUUGGAUAUUUAUCUUUAACUCUAUGUUACAAUUUUGAAAGUUAAUGGUUUUCUGAAAAUGUACAAAAACAAAGCUAUCAUGCGAAAAGUGUACUAUUUUUUUAUAUACAUAUGUAUAUAAAAUUGUUUAACUAGCUGAGCAAAAUUUGUUCACACGCAAACAAAAGACUUGAUACGCUUAACAAAAUUGUUUGAGCUGUCGAUUUUGAUUUAAUAUUUCGUGUUAAGUUCCUUUAACUGACAAAUGCUAAAGUCUAAUCCUCUUCAGAUCAAAAACAAACUUAAUUAUUGAAAUGUGAAUGUAUAUAAAUAUUUUGUGGUUUUACUUGGCUAAAAACGAAUGACUGUGUUUACAAGGAAUAAGAAACUAAGAAGUUUUUGCGAGCAUGUAGUUUACUAAGAAAGCUGAAUUAGGAAUCUCAUUUUUCUUUAAAUAUGAUGAACCUUACACAUUUUAAGAUUUCGAGGACUUUUUUUUGAUGAUUAAGAUUUUCAUUUGCUUUUCUUUUGUAAUGAUUGAGAAAACAGAAUAAUAACAGAGGAAACUUUCUAGCAUCAUUCCUGCCAUUAGACAAUAACAUUUUUGGAAUAGGAAGAGUAGUUUGAUUUUAAUUCCAAAAAACUGUAAUUACAGAAAUAACACCAAAGGUCUUAAAAUUCUAAGAAAAAGCUAUUGAUUAAAUAUAAUUAUUUUUUAACAUUUAAAAAUUAAAUUUGGAAAACGGAUCAAUUAAAUCAAUUGUUCGAAGUUUCUUUAAAAAAAACAUGUAUUAACAUUCCAUAGACCAAAUUAAAAAAGAAAUAUUGAGUUAAGAAGUGUUAUGCUAUUAUUCCAUCCAAUAAAAUAAGAAAACACUUCGAUUC